AUGUAUUUCUUUCUCUGUAAUCUCUCCUUCCUGGAGAUCUGGUACACCACAGCAUGUGUUCCCAAGGCCAUUGGUGUCAUGCUGGGGACAAGCCAAACCAUUUCAUUCAUUAUUUGCAUCCUGCAAUUGUUUUUUCUCCUCUCUAUGGGCUCCACAGAAUGUUUCCUUCUGGCUGUCAUGGCCUAUGACUGCUAUCUGGCCAUAUGCCAUCCAUUGAGAUACUCAUCCUUUAUGAACAACACCUUCUCUGCUCAACUGGCCCUCCUCUCUUGGCUGUGCGGGUUCCUGGCUAUCUCUGUGUUGGCAUCUCUAAUAUCUAGGUUGUCUUUCUGUGGCCCUAACAUCAUCAAUCAUUUUCUUUGUGAUGUAGAUUCCUGGAUAGCACUCUCCUGCACUGACACCAGCCUUGUUGAGCUUGCAACAUUCAUUGUCUCAAUCAUCGUUAUUGUGGUCUCAUGUGCAAUAACCCUGAUCUCCUACAUUUACAUUAUCUCCACCAUCUUGAGAAUCCCAUCAGCCCAAGGCCAGCAAAAGGCCUUUUCCACUUGCUUGGCCCAUCUCACUGUUGUGACUAUCUGGUAUGGCUCCAUCAUUUUUCUGUAUGCCAAGCCUUCUGCACAGAACUCAAUGGAUUUGAACAAAACAAUCAACAUCUUUAACACUAUUGUAACUCCAUUAUUAAACCCUUUCAUUUACACUCUAAGAAACAAAGAGGUGAAGGAAACCUUGGGAAAGGUGUUGAGUGGGAUAUGA